CGCCCCGCGGCCAAUUGGCAACGCCGCGGCUUUUCCGCCGCUUAUCUGUCGUGCGUCCGUCGAGGCGCGUCAGUCGGUCGAGACCCGCGUCUGGGCCUCCCGCGCCGGUCCCCGCCCGACCCCGACCCGCUGCUGCCGCGCCGUGCCUCUGGCGCCAUGUCGCAGAGCGGGACCCCCGGACUGCAGGAGGAGAACUUGCAGGGCUCCUGGGUGGAAUUGCACUUCAGCAAUAACGGGAACGGGAGCAGCGUUCCAGCCUCUGUUUCUAUUUAUAACGGUGACCUGGAAAAAAUACUGCUGGAUGCCCAGCAUGAGUCUGGACGGAGUAGCUCGAAGAGCUCUCACUGUGACAGCCCACCUCGCUCACAGACCCCUCAAGAUACGACCCGAGCUUCGGAAAUAGACACCCACAGCAUCGGAGAGAAAAACAGCUCUCAGUCUGAGGAAGAUUAUAUCGAGAGAAGGAAAGAAGUUGAGAGCAUCUUGAAGAAAAACUCAGACUGGAUUUGGGAUUGGUCAAGUCGGCCGGAAAACAUCCCCCCAAAGGAGCUGCUGUUCAAGCACCCGAAGCGCACGGCCACACUCAGCAUGAGGAACACGAGCGUCAUGAAGAAGGGGGGCAUCUUCUCCGCGGAGUUCCUGAAAGUCUUCCUCCCGUCCCUGCUGCUCUCGCACCUGCUGGCCAUCGGGUUGGGGAUCUACAUUGGAAGGCGUCUAACAACUUCCACCAGCACCUUUUGAUGAAGCACUGGAAGCCAGCUCUCGCCCCGUAGCGGGGUUUCUGUCGGGGCUGGAGGCGGCACGAGGUGAAGAGCCGCCGCGGGCUGGGGCAGCUGUGCCACUGGAUGGGUCUGUCUGUUCUGUAAAUGCUGCGUUCCUAAUUGAGUAGAACAGAAGAAGAGUUAAAAAAAAAAAAAAAAAACCAUGCCAACCUGUAGUCAUACCUAUGGGAACAAUUAAUAAGCAUGUCCUACUGAUUAACAUCUACUGUAAUAAUUUGGUAGUAAAUUUUGUUUGGAUAUUAUAAAUAUCAAAGUAUAAAUAAUUUUAACACUAGAUAUGUAUGACAUGUAGUAUUUCAACUUCAACAAAAAUUAUCUGUAACCAGUUACUCAGUUUAAAAUACUUUAUAUUUGAAAAGAACAAAUAAUGUUUAUUAAAUGACGACUACAUAAGGGGUUUAUCCCAAAUGAAUAUUGUGGCCUUAUAUUCACACUGUUCCAGGAAAUACUAUGUUUAAGUGGAUGCAGGUUGUCUUUACUGAAGACUACGCUCAACUCUGCUGUCGGUCACGCCACGGAACGCAAGGAGCAGAUGUGUCAGUCCUGCUCCGACACGAAGCCGCGGGCCCCUGCAGGGUGUUAACAGCUGUCCGGGCCGGUGGUCUUCUGUCCUCGGCACCUGCUAAGUAUUUUUCCUCUCUCAGCCCUCUGGAUUGCUGAAUUUAGUCCUCCUCUUUGUGUUCGGUUUUUGUGCUCUUAGAAUCAGCUUCAUUCUAAGCAAACCUGUGUCUACUUCAAAAGACUGGAAAUAGGAAAAAAUAAAUCUUUGCCAAAUCCUUCAGAGA